AUGUCCGAUCCAGCGGCGGCGGCUGAGCAGCCCGAUCUGUCCAGCAUCACCGGCUCGCCCAGUCAGAAGCGCAAGCGAGACACGGAAAGCCCUGAGGCCCAGCGUGCUAAGCGCACCGCCCCCCCGGCUGCCAUGUCGGCCGACACGGCUGCCUUUAUUGAAAAUGCCAUCGAAGCGACACAAGCCGCGACGGCUGGCGGCGUCAACGUGGCCGACUUCAGCGCCCUUCAACAGGCUGCCGCCGCCGAGCACUCGGAACCGACAGACCCCUCCAACGCGACGAGUACGGCUCAGGCAGCCCUGGGCAUGUACCCGACUCUUCACGUGCCCGCCUCUACGGAGGAGCAGUUUGCCGCCCAGUCGGGCACCGACGGGGAUCAGGCACACGAAAACUCGUUUGAUCCCGAGGUGACGCAGCCAGAGAGCUUACUAGACGCGUCCGCCGUGAGCCCGGACCAACAGCAGCCUCCGCCUGCUUCAAACGGCGUCCAGCCCCCGGGCCAUCGCUACUCUACCUCGUCGACUACACCGAACCCGAAACCAAGCGUUGGGUCCGAAGAGUGGCACAAGAUGCGCAAGGACAACCACAAAGAAGUGGAACGGCGACGACGUGAGACGAUCAACGAGGGCAUCAACGAGCUGGCCAAGAUAGUCCCGGGAUGCGAGAAGAACAAGGGCUCGAUCCUGCAACGCGCAGUCAGCUUCAUCUCGCAGCUCAAGGAGAACGAGCAGCAGAACAUUGAGAAGUGGACGCUAGAGAAACUGCUUACGGAGCAGGCCAUUACGGAACUCAGCGCUUCCAACGACAAGCUCAAGCAGGAGUGUGAGCGGCUAUAUAGGGAACUAGAGACGUGGAAGCGGGUUGCGCAAAACGCCGGCCUCGAACCGCCGCAGCCAAAGGAGGAGAACAACUCGAGCGCGCCGACGAAUUAG